AUGAGUUGUUUAAAAAGAGUAGAUAUUUUUGGAUCACCAUUUCAAUUUGAAAUGGGAGUAGGAAACAAUAAAAGAUAAACGAAGUUUGGGGGGUGCAUCUCACUUAUUGUUAUCCUCGCAGCUUUAACUUAUUUUGUUUACCUAAAUUACAAAUUUGGAGCUGGAGAAAUUUAACCAAAAAUUACAUCAUAACUUAAGAAAAUAACAUCUAAUUUCUUCUUACCUAUUUAGCCAAAUUAUAUAUAUUUUGACAUUUACAACGACGAGACUUCACAGAAUUUAUAGCAGUGGUAGAAAGCUGAAGGUUAGGAACUGAUAACUUUUCAUGCUUACAUUUUGUAAAGCGAUGAUAAAGGAAAUACUAUACCAUAAAUUAAAAUACCUGUAGAUUAUUGUUCAAAUUUAACUAAUGAUGAAGAAAUAGACCUAACAUCUUAAUGCUUAGAUUUUUCCUCUUUAGACAAAAAUAUUGCUUAAUUUAAAACUUUUUCAAAAAAUGGAUAAGAUACUAGAAUUUAUAUUUCUGUAAAUGCAGUAUGUAGCUCAUCAUAGGUAAGUGAUUGCCUCUAUUCAUAGAUAUUUGAAGAUAAAGUCUUUAGUUAGGCAAACUCGUUUUCUUUAUCUAUAAAUACAAAGUAAUUUAACACAGAUACUCAAAGCCUUGUACCAAAAUAGCAGAAUAUUUUCUUCAAUUUAGAUCCUAGUUUGUUAACAAAUUCUUAAGUUAGUAUUUAAAUUUCUAAAACUAGUAUACAAUAAGGUUUCCUCAUAUCUAAAACAACCGAUUAUACCCAUUUAUCAGAUGCUUCAAGCUAAGAAUCAUUUAGGUCAAGAGGAGCUACAUCUAGUACUUAAAAUACUCCCCUAAUAGCAGAAUUUUACAUCAAUAUGAGUUCUAAUUAGCUAAUUUAAACUAUCCAAUAUGCACAAUACCCAGAAAUAUUAGCUUAGUUUGUAAGUAUCUUAAAUGUUCUUUUGCUUUUGGGAAUAAUUGGCGGUAUAGUCUCCAAAACAGAUAUUCAAUAAUAUUUUAUUGACUUAAAACUAAAAGAAUAUUACAAAUAAACUGCAUACAAAUUUCUAAAGCAAAAUUCAUAGAAUGAAGAAAUUUUAUUGCAUAGCAAACUGAACAAAGAAGAUAUUAUUAAAGCAAAUAAAUACAUAGAAGAAAAGGACUUGAACGAAGAAUUAUCAAAAAAAUUCAAAGUUUCAAUAUUUCAUAGGAUUUUUAGGACAAUAAUAGGUGAAGAAAAAGAAGAUUAUAAUAACAAAAAAAGAAGUGAUAAAGAUUUAUAUGAAGCCUUAUUUUUCUAAGCUUCUUAAUCUUAAGAUGUCUUCGAAAUUUAAUCAGAGCUCUUGAGAAUAAGAAAAAUUCUAGCAAUGUUAAUUACCCCAUAGUAAUAUGCAGCUAUUAAAUGCUGUGGAGCAUCAGUAAGUGAUUAAAUACCCUUCUUACUUGGAAAAAAUUAAAAUAGUAAAAACAAAAUUGCAAAUGCUACAGAAAAAUCUUCAAAAAAUGACGUUCCCGAUAUUGAAUCAUAAUCUUCAUAGCUAUUUAAUUUAUAGUUUAAUUAGAUAGAACUCAUGGAUAAAAUAGAUUAUGACGAAGAAUACUUUUAAUCCUAGUUAGAAAAAUUCAUAAAAGAUUCAGAGAGAGGUUUUGACAACUAUGAUGAAUAAGACAGGAAAGUAAAUCAGCGCUUGCUUGAUUGCUUAAAUAAAACAUACAACUGA